CCUCCACUACAAGUUUAAAACGACAAGCAACAGUAAUAACGUUUUGUCGUAAUCGUCUCAGAAACGCCGUCUUGUAGCGGUUGCUCAUUCGGUUGUUGCACUCUCAGUUAGGUUUUCGUCAUCAUUUACAAAUCGUGCAAUAACACGGUAAAUAGCAAAGUUCAUCAUGGAUACCAUGAAAAGAUCUCGUUACUUAUUAGUUGCAAUCGUUGUAUACGGUUUCUUCAUCAUUAACGGUGUUAAAGGUGGCGAUUAUUACACACCGAUAGUUCUUUGGCAUGGCAUGGGUGAUAGCUGUUGCUUUCCAUUCAGUCUUGGAAGCAUCGUUAAAGGAAUAAAAGAAGCUUUACCAGGAGUUUAUGUUACAUCAUUAAAGAUUGGGUCAUCAAUUCCAACGGAUGUUGAAAACGGAUUUUUUAUGCAUCCUAACAAACAAAUUGAUUACGCGUGUAAAUUAAUCAACAGCGAUCCAAACUUACAAAAUGGUUAUCAUGCUGUUGGAUUUUCUCAAGGCUCACAAUUUUUACGAGCUUUAAUUCAAAGAUGUAAAGGACCUAAAGUGGGAAAUUUAAUUUCUUUAGGAGGCCAACAUCAAGGUGUUUAUGGAUUACCAAAUUGUCCGUCAGUUUCUUAUCAAACUUGUGAUUAUAUGAGGAGAUUGUUAAACCAUGCUGCUUAUUUCAAUUGGGUUCAAAAUUAUUUAGUCCAAGCAACUUAUUGGCACGAUCCUCUUCAUGAAUCCGAUUACGUUAAAUACAGCACAUUUUUAGCGGAUAUCAACAACGAACGUUAUAUAAAUAAAACGUAUCGAGAACGUUUGUCGCAAAUUGAGAACUUCGUUAUGGUUAAAUUUGAAAAAGAUAGUAUGGUACAACCGAUUGCUUCGGAAUGGUUUGGAUUUUAUAAAGCGGGUCAAUCUAAAGAGAUCGUUCCUUUAAAUGAAUCCAAAAUUUACACAGAAGAUCGAUUGGGCUUAAAAGAAUUGGAUGAACGAGGAAGGUUACAUUUUCUAUCAGUUGAUGGUAACCAUUUACAAUUUAAUUGGACGUGGUUUCAAGACGAAAUUAUAAAAAAAUAUUUAUCUUGAAGAAAAAUUUUGUG